AUGAACAACGACCAUGGAUGGGGCUCUGGGGUCUCCAUUGAGAGCAUUGAGAGCCGUGUGGACAUAUUUGCAAUUGGGUUCUGUGUCCUGGCUCUUAACCAAAACCUGGAACUUCGUAUCCUCUCUUCUAAGAUCAAGACUUGUUUUGAGGUGGAGGCGGAACUCCUUCCCUCGGUACUGGACGUCGAAUAUAUACCAUCUGAUGUUUGUCAUGGUGGUCAGUUUAAGAGGGAGAUGUUGGAAGAAAUUGUUGAGGUGGUUGAAGGGAAGAGUUGUCGAAAAGGAGAAGAAGACGAGAAGGAAGGAACUUGGAGAAACUUGACACUGAAUUUAAUUCCGCGCAAAGGUCCGGCCAUUGCUCCUGCCGUUUCGCGAUCGCUUUGGUUCUCGACUAGAACCUUGAACUUUGCAUCAUCUCGGCUAAUGCGCAGGCAAGUCUUCACGCGGAGUCGUACCUCCAGCCCACGUUCAUAG